ACAUGCUUUCUGUGUGCUCUUUCUGCAAUCUGCCCGGCACAACUUCCAAGUCGCGGUAUAUUAGCUGUCAUUAUAAGGAAAUCACAAACUUUUAACUUAUUUAUUGAAUAAUCAUGAGCUUCACCAUCGAGGAGAGAGGAAAUCCCAACACCCUGAGUUAUAGGGUGUUUCUAAAAGACUCCAAAGGAAAGUACAUUUCUCCAUUCCAUGAUAUACCGAUUUAUGCGAAUGAAACUCAGAACAUCUUCCAUAUGGUUGUUGAAGUGCCACGAUGGACAAAUGCAAAGAUGGAGAUUGCCACAAAAGAUGCUCUGAACCCCAUCAAGCAAGACGUGAAGAAAGGGAAAUUGCGUUAUGUUGCCAAUGUGUUUCCUCAUAAAGGCUACAUCUGGAACUAUGGAGCAAUUCCGCAGACUUGGGAGGAUCCGGGUCAUAAAGACGAUGACACAGGGUGUUGCGGUGACAACGAUCCCAUUGACGUCUGUGAAAUAGGCAGCAAGGUGUGUUCCAGAGGAGAGGUCAUUAAAGUGAAGGUUUUGGGCACACUGGCAUUGAUUGAUGAAGGAGAAACAGACUGGAAGGUGAUUGCAAUCAACAUUGAUGACCCUGAAGCAAAGGAACUUAACGAUAUUGAUGAUGUCAGGAGGCUGAAACCAGGCUACCUGGAGGCGACGGUGGACUGGUUCCGCAAGUACAAAGUCCCAGAUGGCAAACCUGAAAACCAGUUUGCAUUUAACGGCGAGUUCAAAGAUAAGGACUUUGCCAUCGAGAUCAUAAAGAGCACCCAUGGUUUUUGGAAAGCUCUGGUGUCUAAAAAGACGAGCAGUGGGGAACUGAGCUGUACAAACACUUGCAUCUCGGACAGUCCUUUCUGUUGCUCUGAAGCAGAGGCUCAGGCUGUUAUUGAUGCAACCUGUCCUUGUGGAAAUCCAGAACCUCUUCCAUCAACAGUGGACAAGUGGCACUAUUUGGGAUAGCAGUGAUCCGAGAGGAAUACCUGAAGGGUGGAUCAGAGCUCUUUGUCAUCUGCCUAGAAACUGUACUUGAAUCAGUCUUUAAAUAUUAGGUUUUAUGUAUUUAAGCAUAUCAAAAAAGUAGGCAAUGGUGGAAAAUAACAUAAUCUCCCAUUAAUAUCAAAGUUAGGAAGACAUGAAUGAAUCAGUCACAAUAAAACUAGCUUGUGUUUUACUUUAUUUAUGAAAGCCUUUAAGACUUGAACUUUUUUGCUAUAGAUUUCCAAUCAUUGUAAUUAAUCUGUUAAAACCCAGGAGCUGCAGCUGCAAGCACUACAAUGUUGCUUUAAUAAAACCUUUCCUCUUCGUAAGACA